UGUUGUAGCUCAAAGUUGACAGACACUGUAAUUUUAAAUUAAUGUUAACAUAUUCAUACAAAUGCGGAGUGCGUACUACAAACCUCAAAAUGGAACUAAGUGCACUUCUACGAAACUGAAAGCUUCAUGUCAGACUAAAGCGGCCCCCCACAGCCCCGCCAUGCCCCAGAAGGGCGGCCAGACGGCCCACUACAUCGAGGUGGGGGGGUAUCAGUACUGGCCCGUGCUGGUGCCCCGCGGGAUCCGACUGUACACCUACGAACAGAUCCCGGUGUUCCUGAGGGAGAACCCGUACAUCACGGACGGGUACAGAGCCUACCUGCCCUCCAGGCUGUGCAUCAAAAGCCUCUUCAUCCUGUCCAAUGAGACGGUGAACAUCUGGAGCCACCUGCUGGGCUUCCUGCUCUUCUUCCUGGUGGGCGUGUACAACAUGGCGUCGGUGCUGCCGGCCAUCGGCGCCUCCAAAGAAGACUACGUCAUCUACUCCAUCGAACUCUUCUGCUUCCAGCUGUGCAUGCUGUGCUCGGCGGGUUAUCACCUGUUCUGCUGCCACCGCUCGGAGGAGACCAGCCGCCGCUGGAUGGCGCUGGACUACGCCGGGGUCUCCAUCGGCAUCCUGGGCUGCUACGUCCCCGGAGUCUUCUACACCUUCUACUGCGACGACUACUGGCGCCAGGUGUACCUGCUGACGGUGCUCGCCAUGCUGCUGGCGGUGUUCUUCUCCCAGCUCCACCCUCACUCCCUGGGCCAGCAGUGGCAGCGGCUGCGCUCGCUCUCCUUCUGCCUGGUGGCGGCGUACGGCGUCCUGCCGGCGCUGCACUGGGUCUGCCUCGCCGGCGGCUUCUCCUCUGACCUCGUGCAGGCUUUUUUUCCUCGGAUCCUGGGGAUGUACUUCAUCGCUAUAUUAGCUCUUCUUUUCUACGUUUCAAAGGUUCCCGAACGCUACUUCCCAGGCCAGCUGAACUACCUGGGCUCCAGCCACCAGCUGUGGCACCUGCUGCUGCUGCUGAUGUUCUACUGGUGGCACCAGGCGUCCUGCUUCAUCAUGGCCUACAGGCACAGCCGGCCCUGCCCCCCCGAGGGACACGCCCACCAGGAAUAAGCCACGCCCACUCUGUGAGCAGCACGAUGUUCUCACCUGCAAGUCUUCAGUCCACCGGCAGCGGGAUUCAAACCUGCGACACGUACGUUGUUGUUGUUUUUAACGAGCUCAUCACCGGAAAACAACUGAAACUCUUCAUCAUGUCUAACGACCGGUCGAGUUCAGAGUGAAUUACACGUCUCGCAGCUCUAAACAAAGACCUUUAAAAGGUCAUUAAAUAAAAAGUGUUUUUACAGAGUUGAAGUUUGACUUCAAACUCUGAGACGAGUUCAUGAACAAACUAAAUGAUCAAUGUUUAGAUGGAGAAACACAAAUGUUCUCGAGGUUCCUUCAGUCUUUGAGUAUUGUUUGUGUCCUAGUACACACGUGUGUACUAGUACCCGUGCGCGUACUAGUACACAGUACCAGCUGAUCCAGUGUUUCUUGUCGUGUCAAACUGACGUUUUUAUUCACAACUGAGACGUUAUUAAACUGCAGAUUUUAUAAUUGAAAGUUAUUUUAAAAUCUUUUUAGACGUGUUAAUUGAAUCAUGCUCACGUUGUGUGUUCAGAGUUCUCCAGACAUGUUUUGGUUUAUUCUCCAUGUGUUUAAAUAGUUCCCAAAAGUUUCCCAUGGACAGUCCUCUGUCUUCAGGGCCGUGUGCAAUGCUCUGUUUGGGCUUUUGUUUGUCAUAUUUAAAGUUUUAAUGUCUCUAUUACAUUGUUGUUGUUGUUGUGUUUAAGUUAUUGUGAACCUGCUCUGUGUGUUUUGUAGCAGCCGGAAUUUUGUAUCUUGACUUUUUCAUACAUGAACUCUAAAUAAAGAAAUUAACCACGUUAGGUUUGUAAAGUGUGAAA